CGGGGAUCCCGCGGCGGGGUUUGCGAGCCUGGACGGGCUUUGAGGGCUCCGGGGAACCGUGACUCCCCAGAUACGUGCUCCGUAAAGGGUCCCGGCGCGGGGGUCUGGCUUGGCGGCUCCUGUUUGGGCAAGAUACUCCACGGGGACAGUAACCUGAGAAGAAGAGGAGACAGGUCAUCAGGAUGGCUGCCACCUCCCAGUUUGCCAGUAGGUACAAGAAGGAUUUGAGUACAGAAGCCCUCAGGACCAAGGUUGCCCGCAGGAAAUCCAUCCUUCAGAAGGAGAACAGGCACAAGCUCUUCGAAAAGGGCCGGCAGCUGGGGCUGGCAGAUGUCAACGUUCAGCUCUCCAAGGAGAAGGGAAUUUCUGAGCUCAAGGAAACCAGGGAGUUGUGCUCUCAAGAGAACAGCAGUGUGAAACAGAAGGCAGCCCCAAAUGCAGCCACCAAGAGGAUGAACGAGCGCAGGGAGAUGCUGCAGCGCUACAAGGAGGAGAAGGAGCUGCGCAAACUGCAGGAGCAGAGAGAGAGAGCCAAGAAAGGGGUGUUCAAGGUUGGCCUCUACAGACCAGCUGCACCUGGGUUUCUUGCUCUUGCUGCUGAGGAACCUGCAGUAGCAAAGCCAAGAGAGAAGGCAGCUCCUGCUUUCUCUGGAAGGAUGACUCGGUCAAAAGCCAAGAUGCAAGAAGGAAAAACUAUGAUACCAACUCUGAUACCAACUGCAUCUAAGUCCUCCACGGUCAGUGCCCACGGGCAGAGUGUGCGCUCUACCCAGGCAGGACAUAAACAGAUGAGUACAGCCAAAGUGGCUGAAAAAGAGAAAGUGUUGCAGACUGCAGCCCAACCAGCCCCAAGUGGGAGAGUCACCAGAGCAGCUGCCUCUGCAGCCAGGCAGGUGCUGAAACCAACUGCUGCUACUGCUGGUAACCAGUCACAGAGAAAGGCAGCAAAUGUAGGAAAGCAGAAGAAAGCUGUCAAACCUGAUCCCAUAAAGAUAAUUUCUUCUAAACAUGAAGUGGAGACAAAUUCUGGAGUGGAUCCAGGGGUGAAAAGUUCUGCAGCUGAUUCCAAACACUCAGUGCCAGUAGAACUUCAGCAAGAACAAACCUCAGUGGAAAACAACAGUUUUUCUCCAAGGAGACCCAGAACACGCUCCUUUGCACCUCAAAACUUUGUGUUUCAGCCUCUGAGUGGAUUGGCAACCUACACUGUGACACCCAUGUCUCCUUCAAGGGCAAAUGCUUUUUUGACACCCACUGCUGUCUGGAAUUUUUCAAAAUCUCCAGUCAAAAUAUUUGAAAAAUCUAGUGAAACUAAAACACAAAAGCCUAAUUUAAAAAUCCAAAUUUCACCUGUUGAAGGCAUUCAAGAACAGCAAAUGACCACAAGUUUGAAAGGAGGAGCAGGUGAAUCAGAUGAGAGAACUUCCACUCAGAGAUCAAACAAAACAACUCCUGUCUCAACAGCACUUGCAGUGAAGGCAGAUGAUACAAAAGAGCAAGAGCAUGAUGUGCCCUAUUUCAGAAACAUUCUUCGGACUGAGACAGAGAGGCUGCUGUCUCAGUGCCUGCAGUGGGAAGGAAACCUUGAGCUGGACAUUCCAGAGGAUGCUAAAGACCUGAUUCGCUCCACAGUUGGUCAGACAAGGCUGCUCAUAGGAGAAAGGUUCAAACAGUUUGAAGGAUUGAUUGACAAUUGUGAAUUUAAACGAGGUGAAAAAGAAACAACGUGUACAGACCUGGAUGGAUUUUGGGAUAUGAUUUAUUUUCAGAUUGAAGAUGUGAAUAAAAAAUUUGAUAAUUUGGUGAAGCUUCAAGACAAUAAGUGGCAGCCACUUGAUGUCCCAAGCAAAGCAGUUGUGAAGAAGAAGGCAGUGCCAAGUGGAGUGCCCAAGGCCCAGCUGGAAGCAGCUGCCAGAGCUGCUGCCCGGAGCCGCCUGGCUUCUGUCAAAGCAGCCAUGAGGGACAGAAUGAAGCAGGGGGAAGCUGCUGAGGGUACCCAGCAGGAGAGGCUGCCAGAGGUAGAAAAAGUGGUUUUUGAAGCAGGAUUUUUCAGGAUUGAAAGCCCUGUGAAAAACUUUUCAGGUUUGCUUCCAAGGACCCCUGGAAAACUGGCAAAUCCAAGAUCAUCCAGAUCUUUGCUUUCUUCUCCUCUCUGUAACCCUGAGGAUGCACCUGCAAAGAAAACCCCCUCAGCUGUCAAAGGCUUCCACCCAGCACAGAGUUUGAAAAUGGACCAACUUCCCACUGAACAAACUCCCCCAUUGGAUAAACUCCCUGAAGGUCUUGAACAAAGCACUUCUGUGGUUGCAGAAGAAAUGUGCCUGGUUGCUGGCACAGCAGAGGGAAAUAAGGUCCUGGGAAGUUCUAGCAGUGAAUCAAAAGCAGUGGAUGGCAUGGAAGAGAUGGAACUGUCUGCUGCAGAACAGGAACAAGACAUCAUCAUGUGCAGCCCAGAGAAGGAGACAAACUCUGCUCAGUCUGGAGAGCCACAAAUACAUCAGACAGAUGUUUCAUGCACUGAUUUGGCACUCAUUGACAGAAAUCCUUUUGAUAUGCCAAUGCUGGAUGCUGAGCUUCCCUUCACUCCAGUCAAGACCAAAGCCCAGAAGUUUGCAGCAGCUGAAGUAUUCAGUGACCUCAUCGUGUUUUCUCCUGUUGGUCCCUCUGGGGAUCAUUAAAAAGUGACUUUAAGUGCAAAAUAUGUAAAUUCUAUGAACAGGAAGCCCACAGAGGGUAUCUGGAACACAGUCUGCUACCCUGGAGCUGUGUUGAGAGAGGAAGAGUACCCGUGGUAAUGGAUGUGAUAAUGGGGUGUGUGUCAUUUGAUGGUGCAGUUGUGAUGCACCAAGCUCUGCUGUACAGCAGCAGUGGGCUGUGUUCUGGUGAUCCCUGCUGUAUCUGGCUGUAAACUCUGACUGCAACCUGAAGCAUUUUUAUGUUGGUAUCAUUUAAUGUAUUUCCUGUCUCCUCCAGGUUGUAAAACUGUUCACCUUUCAGCUUUUCUACCCUGAUCUGACUGACCUCAUGACUUGUUGUUAUUACAAGGUGCCCACCCCUCCAGCUGUGCCUGUGCCCUGUAUCUGCUGGGAGGGCACCAGAGACCCAGUCUGGGGUGAGACCCAGCCUGUUCCCUCCCCAGAACACUCUGCCAUGCUCUGGGGGUACCUGUGUGUUAACACCUGCCUCAGCACCUGCUCUGGCAGGGUUGGAUGCAUGCAGUUCUUUCCUGGGAAAGUUUUCCUGGUGUGUAACCAUUGGAUUUGUAAUAGCAGAAACUAACUCAGAACAAGGAUUUCUAAGUCAGAUAAUACCUUUUCUUGAUGAUGUAUUGAAAUAGGCAUUGAUAUUAUUUCCUUUAAGGAUGCAGUUUUCUAUUCAGUAUCUUAAUAGACCCAUGUUUUCUACUUGUUUUUGACAUGUUUGUGCUCAGUCUCUUCUCUCAUCUUGUUCCUUGUGCAUUCCCCAUCCAGACUGUAACAUAUUUGUGCACAAGGAUCAUGCCAGUUCUAUAGACUCUGGAUUUGAGGAGUAGCAUUACAGUACCACCACUUGUUAUAUUUUUAACAAAUACCUCACUGGGCUGCUUCUUGUACCAGUGACCUGAGUGUAACACACACAUCCUUCUACCAGCCUUGAUCCCAAACCAAGCAGAGAUUUCAGUCCCUUGCUGCCACUGCCAGGGGUUAAGUUUUAACCUGGAAGCUGUGUACUGAUUACACUGAAUAAAGAGAGGAAGCUGAUGUGUGCUGGAAUCCAUUUUCUUCAUUUCUAACUCCAGUUCUAGGGAUCCUUUUAAUGACUUUCCUGCUGAAGAAUGGUUUGGGUUGGGAGGGAACUCAAAGCCCAUCCAGUUCCAGCCCCUGCCAUGGGCAGGGACACC